AUGUUGUUAUCAGAGAGAGAAAUAUCGAAAAAGUGGAAUAAGAUCAAUUAUUCCCGAUCCACGAAACUUUUUAUAGGAACCUUAGCAAUUCAAACAUUAUUGAUGGCAUUUUUUCUAAUAAAAGUGACAUUUCGAGAUGUUCGUCUUAUAGACGAAGCUUAUAAUAAUAAUUAUGAUAUGGCUUGUGUUCAAAAAAAUUUUGAUGAUAAUGCUUUUAUUAGAAUGGAAAGAGAAUCUUCACUUCUUUUUUAUAUUCAAUCAUUUUUAUUUCUCAUGGGUUUAGAUGCGGUAAUACGUCAGUAUAUGCCUCAAAUUAAACUUGUUGCGUUCAUGAGUAUUCUUAUUGCUCUUUUCGGAUUU